AUGUCCAUCGAAAACCUUAAGACCUUCGACCCCUUCGCCGAAGCUGACGAAGACACCGGCGAGACUAAGCAGUCUCAAAACUAUAUCCAUAUACGGAUUCAACAGCGCAAUGGUCGUAAGACCUUGACUACCGUUCAGGGUCUCCCUAAGAAGUUUGAUCAGAAGAAGAUCUUGAAGGUGAUCAAGAAGAAGUUCGCUUGCAAUGGCACCAUCGUCAAUGACACCGAGAUGGGAGAGGUGAUCCAGCUCCAAGGAGAUCAGCGUAAGGAUGUUCAGGAGUUCUUGACCGACAAGAAGGAGGGCCUUGAGCUUGAUGCCAAGACCAUCAAGGUCCACGGUUUCUAA